AUGGCUGCUGCUCCCAGAACAAAGAGAAAGAUGCAGCUGCCAAAGAGAAGGAAGCAGGCAGGGAUCAAGAAAACUCAGCGCAGGAAGCUCCUGCCGAAACUAAGGAAGCCGCAGAUGAAACGAGGGAAGUCGCAGCCAAAACGAGGGAAGCCGCAGCCAAAACGAGGGAACCUUCCUGUGCCUCCAAAGCCAGUUCUGAAGCGUACCUAUGAUCAGCUUAUAUCUAAAGUCUUGCGUCAGCUGAACCGGGACAAGGUGUACAUAUCCACCAAGACCAAGGGGAAGAUGAUCUCCUUUAUCAGAAAGUUCUACAACAACAUGGCCGAGCAGGCCAAACGCGGCAAGAAAUUCAAGCACCUUUCCACCAUUGGCUCCAACGAACUACAAAAUGCCCUAAAGCGGGUGAUGCCCAAGGAUGAGGCCAUGGUGUUGGCUGGCACCAUCCGCAAAGUGUCCCGUGUUUGCCGCCGUUAG